GCUGUGUAAAGUCCUAUUUCGUUAGUUGAUCACAUAUAACUCACUUCACUAAAUAGUGCAAAUUAAAUUUACUGACGCAUUUGACUGAAUCAUAAACUGUACUACAAGAAUGAUUAUUUCAAAAUUGAAAUAAAAAGAUAUGAAUUUAAUAUAUGCGAAUAUCUGUAUAUUUUUGUGGAGUUUUCUUCCAUAUGGACUGUCUGAAAAAACAUGCGGACGCCUCAAGGUUGUGUAUGAAUAUAAAGAACAUUCUGUGGACUGCAAGAUACGGCUUUAUCCAAGUAACGAUUUACAAAUAUCAAUUCGGAUAUCCAAUUUCUACAGGUGGAUUAUGACCAGAAACUCCACGCCAGAGAUUAUUCUUCAGAAGAAUACUGGUUCCUAUGACACAACAAAAUAUGGCGAAGAAAACUUUACUUUGCUCAUCCGUAACAUUAACAAGCUGGAUGAGGGGAGAUAUCGGGUUCAUUGUUGGACCGAUCGUAACGUUAACUACUUUAGUCCUGAGGUUACGGUUAAAGUGCCCGAACCACCGAAAUACAGUGGAGAUACUCACGCAUCGGGAUCCUCACAGGAAGCCGGCACAGGGAACACCGCUUUGAUAGUCCUAUCCAUAUGUGCUGUAAUUAUAGUGGCUAUCAUUGCUGGAACAAUUUGUUUGGUACUAAGGAGACGCCAGGAACGGACUGAAGGCGAUACACACCUUGUCGGUGAAGAAUGUAUUUCAAAAAAUACGCAUGUACACAGUGUCAACAAUGAUGAAUCUGUAUACAGUGAAAUUAAUAACGACGAAAUGAUUAUAGACUAUGAAAAAGAAGAUGAAAGAAGAUUAAAGACCGCAGUAGCCGAUUCAAGAGGGAUCUCUGCACGUCCACUUAAAAGUGAUAACAAGGAAGCUGACCCAAGAAAAGAAGACAACGCAUAUGAUUUAGUUGCGGAUACUGAUGUGCUGGUCAAACAUUUGCAAAAUCCAGAGGAUGAAUAUGCUGAGAUUCAAGUAAAAUGUGUGUCUGAGGUCGAUAAAGCUAACUAUGAUUAUGUUGAGGCGUUGAACGUGACAGCAGAUAGUGAUGCAAAAAUAACAUCUGAUGUCAAUUAUAAAACUAAAAAAGACAAACUUGAAGACAAAAGCUGUAGAAAUAAUAGAGAUAAAAGCGAUAACUUAGCUCCAGAAUACGCAAAAGUGUUGAAAAGGAAACAUCCAAAUGAUUUACUCAAAAAUGGAGAAAAUACGUCUGUUUGUAAAAAUGACUUUAAGAUCAAUUUUCCUAAAAUAAAUUGUUCAGAAAUCACACAGACACUCGGGGAUGGUUUUCCUGUGCUGGAGGUUGCGCAACGCCGUGAACCGGUCACGUAUUCAAACCUUGUAUCCCGUCCACAAAGAGACAAGUCCAGACGAAGCAGAGCGAGCCGUAGAGAACUUCAGUAUGCAAUACUAGACUUAAGUGAGCCCGAGAGAGACCAACCUGAGGACACAGACAAAGAGGAAAGUCUUCCUACAAAGUUUCAACCGUGUCAGUAUGCAGCCAUUGACUUUGAGAAGAAGGCAUUCAUUGCACCAGUCAGAAAAGCUCCAUCGUCAUGGUAUAGAAGGAGAAACAAAAAGGGGAAAAAGAGAAAUUCUUGACAGGGCAUACAAGCUUGCGUAUAGGUCCAUGAGAAUAUGAACAAAGCGACGUUCAGAAAAAUUAAAUGAAUUUGAUUGAUCUAUUUCAUUGACAAACCGUAUGUCAUCAUAUCAAGCCUGGACUUGUAUCUAAGGGUUGUCGUACGAAAUUCAAACUUUAUAAGCUUUUGUUUGACUGUUUAAAGAACAAAGAAGACGGAAUCCAUUCCUAGAAGAACAGUCCUGUUUGUGUCUAUUACUUACGUAAUACUAGACAGUAGUUGUCAGAUGUUUCAAUUUUAUCUUAUUAUCUUAUUAUCCACGUGAUUGGUCCAUACCCUUUAUUAUAAUUAGAUAUGUAUUGUAGUAAGUGGUAGUAUCUUUUCAAUGUCUUUAAAUAACACUCUCGUUUGACUGAGCUUAAUGUAUCAGACGCAUACCAAUCAUUGAACAUAAAUUUGUAAGAAUUAAUGUACACUCUAUUACUCGUGUUAACAGGGAUAAAGAAGCCAGCGACCCUAUACCUUUGGGGAAUAAAUUCAAGGUGAUACAACUAAUCCUCAACAUAGAAGUAAUGCUGCUAAUAAUGACAUUACAAUGAGAACAAGGAAACAACCCGUCUUCUUUUAUAAUGACAUUUAUCUUAUAAUGAUAAUGAUAGCGGCGAUAAUUGUUUACUCAUUCAAACCAAGUCUGCUGUUAUGUUGCUUGAUUACGUUUUGUGCUUAUGAUCAAGACUAAGGAAAGUAACUACAUUGUUGUAUCAUUAAUAUUAAAUGCACGUACAUACAUCUCUAUCAUGAUAAAUGGAGAGCUGA